GCCUCACCUUCGACCAUCAUCUCCCUUUUUCUUUGGUCUCUCUGCAUUUUUCGCUGCCUUUGUUGCAGUUGUCACGACCCCACUAGACCUAUCGUAUCCCACACGACCGUUCGUUGACUAAUUCACGUACACGACCUCUCACGAAACAAUGGGCUACGUUCGCUCCCGCAAGUUCUGCUGCUGUCUGCCGGUCAGAUUCGGUGUCUUUUGCUCUGCCCUCCUUGGCGUUGCCUACAGCACUGCUUUCUGUGUGCUGGGAUGGAUUGAGGUGCACAGGCAUGCGACAGGAGAGCUUGAUAUCUCCAAGGACGAGGUCGCUGGAUUGGUGAUCUUCUCCCUCGCGUAUACCUUCAUGCUCCUGUUCUCGAUCAUGGGACUGAUUGGUUCCAUUGGCGCCGUCCGCCCGUUCGUCAAGGGCUACGGUAUCAGCCUCACCAUCAACACAGCUAUCACCAUCGGAAUCGGCAUCUGGUGGUGCUGGCGGCUGUUCCACACCGAUAAGCAUGUGUGCGACACGACCGAAACCGAUACCGCCGAGAAGGUCGAGCACUGGGUCUGCCAGAAAGGCUUUAACGUUGUCCGCAUCGUCAUCGUCAUCGUCCUCGUCCUUGUGUGGCUGUUCCAGAUCGCCGGCUGCGCUAUCGUCUUCGACUACGUUGGCCAGCUGAACGAAGAGAGCGAGAUGGAGGCGGACUACGCGAGCAAGGACGCAGUGUCCGUCAACCCGUACCCCGCACCUCGCACGACGUACGACGCCCAGGCGACGCCCGUCAUGAAGAGCUCGUAUGACCAAGGCACCUGGAACAAGUCCGAUGGCGCUGUCUGAGAUGGUCGACAUGCAGUAGAUUUGUUGUAUAGUUUCGGAGCUAUCAUCCGCUUGUACAUGUUCGGAGAAUUCGGAGCAGACUAAUGACAUUGAGUUGAUGGUCGACCAGAC